UUGACAGUAGUAUAGGGACACACAUUGACAGUAGUGAGGAUCCCCUGACCUUCGGUUACCACGGCAAUAACUGUUCUGCUGUGAACUACCCUGGAGACGAUGCAACAACUGCAGAUUCCUAUUUUCUGUCAGGUGUGCUGGGGGUGGAGCAUAAUCAGAUUGAUGUUUACACCUCCACCCCGUCUUACCAGAUACAGUUUCUGGGUCAGAGGUCAUUGACUGUUACCACAGAGACAGGCACUGUGGGGCUUAGAGGUCAGACUGAAGAGCGUGGCAUGAUGGACAUGGUGUCAGAGCUGCAUCGGGCCUCUACCCCUCUCCCUGGAUGCAUUUAGGGCCAGGGCUGCAAGAGGGCUGUGUAGGAUGGGCCUAGGGUAUGGUGCCCAGCCAGGGUGAAGGCGAGGAGGGCUAUAAGGAGGAGCAGCCCCAUAGAUCCAUGGCCUACAUCACCUGCAGCACUCUGCUGCCCCAGGACUCUUGUCUCUGAGAAUACUACCCUCACCACCAGCCUGAAUCCACCCCGGUCUCUGAGCUGAACCCAAACGCUCAAGUAUGGGCCAAUCACACACUUAGCCUGGACCCCUCAGGCCUUGUCUACACUGACGCCCUCCAAUCAUGGCUGGCGGUGACCAGUCACCUUGACAACCAGGAAGGGUAUGAGCAGGGAUAUGACCUGGAGGAGGUGGGCGAGGCUCAGCUGGAACCGGGCGGUGUAGAAUUUCCGGUGGUCACCAUGGGAAACCCGUCAGCCAAUGGCCUGGUCCAGGAUAGCUGUGUGUCAGAGGAGCUCAUGGCGCAGCUGAAGACCUCACUGGAGUCCUGUCUGUCACGGGAGAACCUGGCCAAUGACCUCUACCUCGUCUCCCAGAUGGACUGUGACCAGUACGUUCCCAUAGCAACGCUUGCCAACCUCGACCACAUCAAGAAGCUCAGCACGGACUUGGAGCUCAUCUCUGACGUCCUCAAGUCAUUGCCACUGGUGGAGGUGGCAGAAUGUGGGCAGAAGGUACGGCCAAAUCGGGGUCGCUGUAUCGUCAUCCUCCGAGAGGUCCCAGAGACCACACCCCCAGAGGAGGUGAAGGCUCUGUUUGCAUGUGAGAGCCUCCCCAGGAUCCAGAGCUGUGAGUUUGCCCAGAACGACAACUGGUUCAUCACCUUCCACAGUGAGGCUGAUGCUCAACAGGCGUUCCAAUACCUAAGAGAGGAGGUAAGGACGUUCCAGGGGAGACCCAUCAAGGCACGAAUCAAGGCCAAAGUGAUGGCAGUCACAUCUUACGCUCCAAAGAAUGGCUACAGGCCCUGCCCAAUGGACCCCUGCACCAAUCAGCAGCCUUACAGCCCAUACUAUGCCCAGCCCACUUUCCAGCAGCCCCUCCCACAGCUCUACACAAUGACUAAUCAGAGCUUGGCUGCCAUGGCCGGAUACACAGACCCUGUCAUGAUGGCGUCAUUCUCUGGCUUCAUGGAUGGCUUCCCAGGAUGCCCCAGCUUCAAGCUAUCCCCCUCACACAGACUCAGGGGACAGCGAGACCAGAGGCGGUUGUCUGGCGACAGGGGGCCGGGCCUUCUGGAUGAUCCCCCCUUCUUCCUGGAGGGUGGACCAAUAGGAUGCGUCCCUGGCCCCCCCAGGCAGGGUCGGCCACGGUUACCAGGCAACAGGCGUAGGGACGGAGAGGGGGGUCGACGUGGAGGGAGAGGGGGGUCGGGGUCCUCCCCCAGCACUGACAGAGGAAGGAGAGGUCCCAUUGGUCAGAGGAGGAGAAGAGAUGACAAGUACUCUAGAGGGCCCCCCCAGUCGCCCCCCCGCUCCUUGUCUCCCAGUCUGGAACUCGGCCCCAAUAGCUUCCCCCCACUUCCCCUUGCUACAGCUUCUACAGCAACAGUUACCACAGCAACCAACAUCCAUAAGGCAACCAGCAACCACAAGAGUCCAGUUAGAGGCAGCAGUACCAGUGAACCAACCACUGUGACAUCACAAGACCUCCAGCCUAUCACAGCAUUGCCUCAGAAAACCCUCCCCCUAGCGAAGAUAAAGGAAACUGUAGUGUCUCCCAAGAGAACCACAGCAGCUCGUCCGACCGCGAAAGAACCUCAGACCACGAAGGGGAACAGACCAGCAGCGGAGUCCAAGAAGCCAAGCUACGCUGAGAUCUGCCAGCGCAUACGAGCUAAUCAGAUGCUCACCGCAAAGGCUACUGACCUCACCCCCUUGGGGACGGAGCUUGUCCCAGCCUAUCCUGCGCAGGCGCCUGACCCGGCACAGUUAUCACGGUGACCAGAGUGAGAUAGUUACUUUGGGUUGGGGAGGGAAGAAGAGAAGGGGAAGAAGUUCUUCAAGCCAAAGAAAAAAAUUGUUGUAGCACUGUUGUUUCUCUCUGUUGUCUGUCCGUCAGAUGGACCUUUCUGACUUUCUGAAAUCUUUAUGUUUUGAUAUUGAUUGAUUUGUUUUGAUUAAUAUUGAUCAGGAUUUAGAGGAUUGGACAUCAGAUUUCUGUAUUCCUUUUGGUCUAAAUAACUUAAUCAGAACAUUUACAGUAACAACGAACAGCCAGACACUGAGUGACAACUGGCUAAAGUACUGAUAUCAUAUAACAUUUUGUUUCUGCAUGAGUUUUAGAUGUAAUUUAUUUUAUGUUAGAUGGAAUUCCUUUUGUGUUGACUGGGGGAGGGGGGAGGGGGGGGGGAGUCUCUUACAGACAGACGAGGAAGAGGAACAACUCUGGUUGAUAUUGAUAAGUUUGCAUACAUUGUUAGAGUUACUUGAGUUAACAACUUGAUAUGGAAUCAGGGGUGGUGGGAGGUAAAUUGUUUUCAGUUCAGAUGUCUUGUGUUUGAGAUAGAUUAAGUUUGUAAAUGUGGGUAUUUAGAUACAGAAUUGAGGCAUGAUUUAAAAAGGUGAAUGUUUUUUUUCUGUACAGAUGUAAAUAAUUGGACUGUUAUUAAACAAUUGCCUUAAUAAUAAACAGUAAACAAUCA